AUGUCCCGACGACCGACUCCCAAUGUGACUCCCUUCAUCCCCCCGCUGAACACGCCUGAAGCACCGCCUUCUGCAGCACCACCCCCAGUCCCCUCACCUGGCGGUCCUCUGGCUGGCUGGGCAUCACUUCCUCAGAACCCGAAUAACUACCCCCCGUUCUACCCAUCUACACCGUAUACAACAACGCCCUUCGUACCGUCACUGGGCAUGAGCGCCCACGGUACACCCGUAAUUCCAAUGGGUUCUUACACUCCAGCAGCACCUCCAUCGGCUGCCAUCCCUCCGAUGCAACCUGGACUAUCAGCAGAUUACAUUGGCUACCCAUCGAUGGGGCCGACACCGGCUUGGGGCCCGCCAGCGCCUCUUCCUGGUGGACCGCCGCCCGGUACGCCAUGGUCGGCACCGGCAACAGCUUUCCAACAACCCCCGGGGACACCCUGGGGAGGGAUGGCCCCACAAGGUUAUCAACCAUUUCACCAACAGCAGCCGCAACACCAAUCUAUGGCCGCUGCGUUUCCUGGGAUGAUGAGCGGACCACCGCCCCCUCAGAUGCAGCAGCCACCUAUGGCUCGACCUCAGGCCGCAGCGACGUGGGGUAUGCCGCCCCAAGGCAUGCCUGGUGGUUACGCGCACACACCCGCUAUGGGUAUGGGUAUGCUCGAUCCUUGGGGCGCACCACCACCGCCAGCGCCAGCUUGGGCACAACCACCACCGCCAGGCCCGCUUCGCAGAGCCACAGACCAUGACGGAGAUCACGUCAAUCCCUUCACAGUUGGCGACCACUAUGGGCCUGUUCUGGAGCCGUUCUUGAUUCAGGUGGUCAAAGCGAGCGUGAAGUUGAAUCCACUUAUAGAGCCGGCUCCCGAUAAUUCCGACCGGCCCUACUUGAAAUGGAACAUGCUCUUCCCAUCUGCCUACACGCAACGGUCGACAGAUCCUAGUACAAUGUCCUGGAUCAAUGGAAGAGAAGAGCCCGCCACAUUUCCUAGAAUCACCUUUCUGCGACUAAUCUCGAAAUCAUUCCCGUGGAUGAUCACUGUCCGUGCAACGAAACGCACUGUUGGGGUAACAUGCGGCGAAGUCAUAGAUGCUAUCGCAGAGAACAUGUCGCGCCUCGCAAGCCAGACGGACUACCAUUCUUUGCCCAAAUCCAAGCAAAAGACGAUCUCGGAAAACUACCGUCGGAAUAGAUCCCGCGCUCAUGGCGUUCCUGGCGGCCGAUUGGGCGAAGGGAUCAAGCGGCUAGAUUGGCUGGGGACUGAUUCCAUGUUCGGUGGGAUUGAACGGAACGAAAGGCUGGUGAAAGAGAUCUGUGGUGAUGUACUGCCCUGCACAUUUUCUGUGUCCUGUAUACGGCGGUACCCAAUGAGUGAACAAGAGAUUAAGGACCACGAAGCAAGGGAACGGACUAUGCGAGAGCACAACCGGUCGCUUCAACCUUCAGCGGCAACACCCUCGAUUAGAACAUCCGUGCACUCGGGAGGCUCUUCGGACGACUCUGAUGAUUAG